CAAAUGACUGCGUAAGAAGAAAACUGAGAUUGGCUACGUGUAGGUGUUUGGAGUGGGGUCCACAAUCCACCAUCUCCAUCCAUUCCAUCCGAGAAACCAUAGACACAGUAGAAAAGGCCAGAUCCAAACCCAACGUAACCUCGCUUCGUGCCUAUCCUCCACCCUCACCCUCACCCUUUCCUCCUCUCCAUCUUUACCCAUUUUAUUUUAUAAUAUUAUAUACAUCACAUUAUUUUCUCUUCUUUUCUUUCCUUUUUACCAUUUUCAGUUCACAGGGUUAGGUCUUGCUCCCUUGUCUGGUCUGGUGUGCAAUUCCCAUACCAAUAACAAUACACCCAUUUUACCAUUCAAUAUACCUAUAGUCAUCCUCUCCUUCGUUCUGAAAAUCGUAGAUUUUUGUUUUAGGGUUUCUCUUAUAUAAUCUUUUCGUAACACAAAAAAAAAUCACAUAAAUCUUCCUUUAUAUUUAUUACUAUUUCGUUUUUUCUUUGGAUUAAUUAACUAGGCUUGAGCUAUCCGAAUAAUAAUAAUAAUAGUUUCGGAGAAUGGAAAAGAAAAAGGUAGCAGUUCCCCUCGUGUGCCACGGACACUCUCGCCCCGUGGUUGAUCUCUUCUACAGUCCCGUUACGCCCGAUGGGUUUUUCCUCAUCAGUGCCAGCAAGGAUUCUAGUCCUAUGCUCAGAAAUGGAGAGACUGGAGAUUGGAUUGGAACAUUUGAAGGGCACAAAGGUGCUGUGUGGAGUUGCUGCUUGGAUACCAGUGCCUUACGUGCUGCAACUGCUUCUGCUGAUUUCUCAACGAAAGUUUGGGAUGCUUUGACUGGAGAUGAAUUGCACUCUUUUGAGCAUAAGCACAUUGCUCGAGCAUGUGCUUUUUCUGAGGAUACUCACCUUUUACUUACUGGGGGAGUUGAGAAAAUUCUCCGAAUCUAUGAUAUGAAUCGGCCUGAUGCACCACCCAGAGAAGUGGAUAAAUCUCCUGGUUCUGUCAGAACUGUUGCCUGGCUUCAUAGUGACCAGACAAUAUUGAGUUCUUGUACUGAUAUGGGAGGUGUCAGGUUAUGGGAUGUAAGAAGUGGUAAAAUAGUCCAGACACUGGAAACCAAGUCAUCUGUGACAAGUGCUGAAGUGAGUCAGGAUGGCCGUUAUAUAACAACUGCUGAUGGUUCUACUGUAAAGUUUUGGGAUGCAAAUUACUAUGGAUUGGUGAAGAGCUAUGAUAUGCCCUGCACUAUCGAAUCAGUUUCUCUGGAACCUAAGUAUGGGAACAAGUUUGUUGCCGGGGGAGAAGAUAUGUGGGUUCACGUGUUUGAUUUCCAUACAGGGAAUGAGAUUGCAUGCAACAAGGGGCACCAUGGUCCUGUCCACUGUGUUCGUUUUUCUCCUGGUGGAGAAUCCUAUGCCUCAGGAUCUGAGGAUGGAACCAUCAGAAUAUGGCAGACUGGCCCCUUGACCCUGGAUGGCUCGGAGACUGUGUCUGCAAAUGGUUCAGUUGAUAAGGUGAAGGUUACUGCAGAUGAGGUUUCGCAUAAGAUUGAGGGUUUUCAAAUUGCAGAUGAAGGGAAAUCUAAAGAAAAAGACGAGGCUGUGGAGGAAUCAAGCUAAUAGUCGUGCAUUUUGUCUGGCAGAGUGUUAGAAUUAACUAGAUCAAGUGCCUUAUGUACGUGAUUAGUAAACUAAAUUUUGUAAAUUUUAGUUUGUGUUUGAGAUUUUACUGAAUUGAACGAGCUUGUUGCAGCUGGCUGAAAUAAGUUCUGUUUGCUUUUAUUUCAAUUCUGACAUGGGAGUUUAUGGAAUAUAGGUAAUGACUUGGUAUACUUGUUCAAGAAUCAUGGCCACUAAAACGGCUUUAAUCUAUAGAUUCUGGCCAGUUUAAUUUUGGCCGGGACUUGCGCUCUAGUA